GGCCGAACGCCAAUCAUGAGCACGUGACGAGGAGCGGGCCUCGGGCAUCCCCGCCCCAUCGCGCAGCCGCUAGACGCGCUAUGUGGGCCCUACGGGCCGCCGUACGCCCGCGGCUCCGGCUCUCCCCCGUGUGCCGCGGCCGCCCGACACCGAAGGCACCCGCGCCAUCCUGCCCCGCGCGCGGUCUCGCCGCUUUCGGCCGCGGGGGCCCCGGGAAUCUGGAGGGGCCAUGGGGCCGAGGGCGGGGCCUGCGGGCGGACGGAGGUCGAAGCUGCCCGGGAGAGGACGAGGAGGAACCGGAAGACGCGGACGACGACGCAGAGGAGGAGCUGCUGCAGAGGGAACCUCUGCUGCCGGCGGGGACCCAGCGCGUGUUUCUGGUCCACCCCGAUGUCAAGUGGGGCCCGGGGAAGCCGCAGAUGACGCGAGCUGAGUGGCAGGUAGCAGAGGCCACAGCCCUGGUGCACACGCUGGACGGCUGGUCCGUGGUGCAGACGAUGGUCGUGUCCACCAAAACCCCGGACAAGAAGCUCGUGUUUGGCAAAGGGAACUUGGAGCACCUGACAGAGAGGAUCCGCCGAUCUCCAGACAUCACGUGCGUCUUCCUGAAUGUGGAGAGGAUGGCUGCCCCGACCAAGAAAGAACUGGAAGCCGCCUGGGGCCUGGAGGUGUUUGACCGCUUCACGGUCGUCCUGCACAUUUUCCGCUGUAACGCGCGCACGGAGGAGGCCCGGCUGCAGGUGGCCCUGGCAGAGAUCCCGCUCCUCAGGUCGAACCUGCAAAGGGACGUCGCCCACCUUCACCGAGGAGGAUCCGGCUCCCGCUACAUCAUGGGGUCAGGAGAAUCGUUCAUGCAGCUGCAGCAGCGUCUCCUGAAAGAGAAGGAGGCCAAGAUCAGGAAGGCCCUGGACGGGCUUCGGAAGAAGAGGCACCUACUGCGGCGGCAGCGCACCAGGCGCGAGUUCCCUGUGGUCUCCGUGGUGGGGUACACCAACUGUGGGAAGACCACGCUGAUCAAGGCGCUGACAGGAGACGCCGCCCUGCAGCCACGGGACCAGCUGUUUGCCACACUGGACGUCACGGCCCACGCAGGCACGCUGCCCUCACGCCUGACCGUCCUGUACGUGGACACCAUCGGGUUCUUGUCCCAGCUGCCACACGGGCUCAUCGAGUCCUUCUCCGCCACCCUGGAAGACGUGGCCCACUCGGACCUGAUCCUGCACGUGAGGGACGUCAGCCACCCCGAGGCGGAGCUCCAGAAAGCCAGCGUCGUGUCCACGCUACGUGGCCUGCGGCUGCCCGCCCCGCUGCUGGACUCCAUGCUGGAGGUUCACAACAAGGUGGACCUGGUGCCCGGGUACCACGCCACGGAACCGAACGUCGUGCCCGUGUCUGCCCUGCUGGGGCACGGGCUCCAGGAGCUGAAGGCGGAGCUGGACGCGGCCGUGUUGAAGGCCACGGGGAGACAGGUCCUCACCCUCCGCGUCCAGCUGGCCGGGGCCCAGCUCAGCUGGCUGCAUGAGGAGGCCACGGUCCAGCAGGUGGACGUGAUCCCCCAGGACGGAGCAGCCGACGUCAGGGUCGUCAUCAGCCACUCGGCCUACGGCAAAUUCCGGAAGCUCUUUCCAGGAUGAGCAGGAGCCCGAGGAGGCCUGGGGUGCGGUGGCAUCGCUGUGUCACGAGUGGGGUCCCCUUUGUCAGCCUCUCUGUUCCAGGCGCUUGCUGUGAUAACCACGCAGGCCGGUGGCACGCUCACGGAUGCUCCGACGUGGGCCUCCCCAGAGUCCACGCCACACAAUUCCACUGGGCCCUCGGAAUGUUCCGACAGCAGGACACGAACCUGUGUUUCUGCCUCUGUGAGCAGCAUGUCCGGCGUCUCCUGCCUCCGCUGUGACCCGUGGCCCUCGUGGGCACACGUGGCCCCUCCGCCCGGCUAUCUGUGCUCACAGACUGGCCUCGUGGCCCACGGCCGUGCUGGUGAAAUGACUAUAAACCGGGCCUCUGUCCACAUGGAAACAAACACCUCGUACGUGUUCGUUUGCUCUGAGACAGACUCUCCGUCCCCCAGGCCGGACUGCAGGGGCGGGAUCUCUGCUCACGGCAACCUCCGCCUCACGCAUCCGAGCGAUCCUCCUGCCUCAGCCUCCCGAGUAGCUGGGACUACAGGCGGCCUCCGCCACACCCAGCUGAUUUUUGUAUUUAAAGUAGAGACGGGGUUUCACCAUGUUGGCCAGGCUGGCCUCGAACUCCUGACCGGAUGAUCCACCGGCCUCGGCCUCCCAAAGUGCUGGGAUUACAAGCAUGAGUCACUGCGCCUAGAUUUUUUUUUUCUUUUUUUUUUUUUUUCGAGACAAGGUUUCGCUCUUGUCACCCAGGCCGGAGUGCAAUGGCGCGACCUCGGCUCACCCAAACCUCCGCCUCCCGGGUUCAAGCUAUUCUCCUGCCCCAGCCUCCCGAGUAGCUGGGACUACAGCUGCCCGCCACCUCCCAGCUCAAUUUUUUUGUAUUUUUCAUAAAGACUGGGGUUUCCCCAGGCUGGCCAGGCUGGCCUCGAACUCCUGACCUCAGGUGAUCCACCCACCUCGGCCUCCCAAAGUGCAGGGCCGACACGUGUGAGCCGCCGCGCCCGGCCCGGAUGAACGUUUUGUAAAGAUGCCUCCCGUGUCCUGUCCUGAAAACCAGAUACACACAUUUGGGUUUAAUCCCGUUCAUUUAUUUAAAUGGUCCAUGAAUCCCCUGGUUGUGUGGAAGAGACGCCGACAGAGACCCCAGCGUUUCAGGACGGGGAUUCGGAGCCGACGGACGUCGGGGAAAUCGCCUGUAACGGGGCGUAGUCGUGGGGUGACGAAGCCGUGGGUACGGCCGAUGAGUGCGUCUUUGUUUGUGUGUGUUUUUUAUUUUUUAAAAGGACUCUUGCUGCCCAGGCUGGAGUCCAGUGAUGCGAUCUCGGCUCCCUGCAGCCUCCGCCUCCCGGGUUCAAGCGAUCCUCCUGCCUCAGCCUCCCGAGUAGCUGGGAUUACAGGCGCCCGCACCACGCCCAGAUCAUUUUUUUGUAUGUUUAGUAGAGACGGGAGUCGCCGGGCGCGGUGGGUCACGUCUGUCAUCCCAGCACUUUGGGAGGCCCAGGCGGGUGGAUCACCUGAGGUCAGGAGUUCGAGACCAGCCGGGGUAGCACGGUGAAAACCCGUCUCAUCGGGCGCGGUGGCUCACACCUGUAAUCCCAGCAGGAGGGUGAGCCACGUGGAUCACCUGAGGUCAGGAGUUCGAGACCGCCCUGUUCAAUAUCGUGAAAUCUCGUCUCUACUAAAAAAAAAAAAAAAAAAAAAAAAAAAAUUAGCUGGGCGUGGUGGCACGUGUCUGUCAUUACAGCUACUCUGGAGUAGCUGAGGCAGGAGAAUGGCUUGAACCCGGAAGGCGCAGCUUGUGAGCGGAGAUCACCGCAUUGCACUCCAGCCUGGGCGACAGAGCAAGGCUCCAUCUCAAAAAAUAAAUAAAUAAAUUUUAAAAAGAAA